AACCGGAAUAAACCACCGAGAGUAUUGUACCAUUACGAAGUGGGAAAGGAGUUCUCUCAGUUUGACCAGCAGAUUCGUACAAUCUCUUCUACAGAUGUUGAAGCUUCUGCUUCUCCAACAUAGAACUUCUUCACCUUACUUCUGCAAGUUCCAAUUUUUCACCUUUAGAUUGUUCUCUCAGUCUCCUUCUCUGUCAAAUUCAGCUUCUUCGUUGCUCUCUUUGUCGUCUUCGAGUCUGGCUGAAGCAAUACUGAAAUGCAGAUCAGCGGAAGAAGCGUUCAAGCUGUUCGAAACGUCUUCGAUAUCUCGAGUCUCGAAGACAACGGAUCUCCAAUCUUUUUCGGCAGUAAUUCAUGUUUUAACCGGAGCUCACAAGUACACGCUCGCCAGGUGUUUGAUAAAACGCCUCAUAGAACGUCACAGUGAGCCGACUAACGUUUCUCAUAGAGUUUUCAAUGCUCUCGAAGAUAUUCAGAGUCCAAAAUUCAGUAUCGGAGUGUUUAGUCUAUUGAUUAUGGAGUUUUUGGAGAUGGGUUUGUUUGAAGAAGCUCUUUGGGUGAGUCGAGAGAUGAAAUGUUCACCGGAUUCGAAAGCUUGUCUUGCGAUUUUGAAUGGAUUGGUUAGUAGGAGAAAGUUUGAUUCAGUUUGGGUUGAUUACCAACUUAUGAUCUCUCGUGGGUUGGUCCCUGACGUCCACAUUUACUCAGUUUUGAUUCAAUGCUGUUUCAAGCAACGUUUUCCCUCCAAGAAAGAGAAACUUUUUGAUGAAAUGACGUCGUUAGGGAUCAAGCCGAAUGUUUAUAUCUAUACCAUAUAUAUCCGUGAUCUGUGUAGGGAUAAUAAGAUGGAAGAAGCGGAGAAAAUGUUCGAGUUGAUGAAGAAACAUGGUGUUGUUCCAAACUUGUAUACUUACUGUGCAAUGAUUGAUGGUUACUGCAAGACCGGUAACCUGAGACAAGCUUACGGCUUGUAUAAGGAGAUUCUUGUUGCUGAAUUGCUGCCAAAUGUUGUUGUUUUCGGCACAUUGGAGGCCAACAUGAAAGAAGCACUCAGGCUGUACAGUGACAUGCUAGAGGCUGGAAUCCACCCCAAUGAUCACACGUUCGCUUGCCUAGUAGAUGGAUUCUGGAAAGAAGGGCGAGUCUCUGAUGCCAUCGAUUUUUAUCUAGAAAACAAUCAAUCUGCAACCGGUAAAUCCGUUGCCCAGAGGAGCUGCUGGAAUCAUUUGGGGUUUACAUGCUUGAUUGAAGGGUUAUGUCAGAACGGCUACAUUCUUAGAGCUAGCAGAUUCUUCUCAGACAUGAGAUCGGUCGGGGUAACCCCUGACAUAUGGAGUUACGUUUCGAUGUUAAAGGGCCACCUCCGAGAAAAGCGUAUUACUGAUACAAUGAUGUUGCACUGUGACAUGAUCAAAACUGGGAUAUUGCCAAACCUUAUGGUGAAUCAAUUGCUAGCCAUGUUUUAUCAAGAGAAUGGAUGUCUAAGAUCAGCUUGUUUCUUGACCAAUUCUGGUCGUUUGGGAACUAUCAGCUAAUUGGCAGCAAAUCCUGCUAGUCAAUCUCUGUUAAUCUUGCGAGCUUCACAAUUUUUUGGUUCAAUCUCAGGCUCUUCGUUGUAAAUAAGGGAUAAACCUUUUA